UUUGUAUUCAUCCCGCGGUCCUUACCUCAGGUGGCUAAUAAACGUGUAUUCCACCUAUCCAGCCGCUCCCUCUCCGGCAGCCGCCGCCGCCGCCAGUCCUCCCCAGCAUCCUCUGGUCCUCUCCGCCCGUGCUCUCCCUCGCCUCCCGAUCCCAGCUGCACAUCCGACCCCGCACCCUGUCGAUGAAGCCCCGGAUCCAAGGAUCUGCUCGAGCUCGGCAUGUCGCGGGCCGACCCAGUGCUCGACACUUAUGGAGAAGAACGCGGAGGCGUGGGAUUCAUCUCCACCGGAUCGACGGCCUUGGCCGUCGGAACCGCCAUGCCGACGCCUUCCUCUCCGUCGUCCGGCGCUCGGAGCCUUCGCUCGUCCGCGGCUUCCACCGCCCUACGCGGCUGCUCUGCACCCUAUCCUGACCAGGUGCCGCGCAUAUGGCGACAAAGCGCGCGGCAGAGGACGGAGGGGCGUGUGGUCGUUGUCGCCGUCAGUGGCUGCACCGAGAGGUCUCUGCCGCCUUCUCCGGCCAGAUCCAGCCGAACCUGUUUCACAUGCAUCUGGGCCGAGGAGGCGACGACCCGACCAGCCCAGUAGCUCAACACUGCCUUGUUGCCCCUGUUCUUCACCAGCAACAGUCUCCCUUAUGCGGUUAUUAAUGUUCAAGCCAUGCCCUUUUCCUUACAUGAACAUCAAACCUACGUUUAUGUCCUAUCUGAUAUGUGUGGUGGGCUGCUGCUGUGCGAUUGCUAGCUGUGCUGCUACUUGUGGGUCCUUGUAGUUGUUUGGCUUCCACUCAAUUUCAACAUGUUUCAGAUUUCCACAACAAUUCCACAUUGUCAUAAUGAUUUACCUGCAUCUUGGUCUCCUCAAUACGCACCCCGAAGCACUUGAGAAUCCUUUAUUCACCUUGUCAAUGCCUUGCUUUGUAAAUUUUUUGCAUAGUUAUAUGGAUGAGUUUGAUGGCAUGAGUGUACGUUAUUUGAAGCUUACCCAUUAAUCUAUUGUUUCUCAGGUUUGUGCAUUUCCAAGCCCUGCCUUAAGACACGACGCUGGAGGAUGAUGCCGACCAUGGCGCGGACUCCAGCCAAUGGGAUCCGACAUGGUAGUCUUCUCCAAGGAGCGGUGGUCGAUGCCGACGAGUAGGGGCCCUCGGUUGCCAGCCCUCCUCCCGCUGCUAUCCUCCACAUCCCCGAUGAAUAGGAUCCAGAGAAGCACAAUGUGUUCUUCCUCCCUUAUGUCUAUGUGGAUGUUGGGUUAAUUUUUAUAAAUAGAUGAUGUAAUUGCUUUGUUAUUUCGUUCAAUUAAUAGUAAAAUUGAUGAGGCAAUUGGAACAACCGAGCAACAAUUUUACUUCAGAUCGACGCCAUUGAGGUCAUCUCUGUCACUAGCAAGUUGCAUAAGAAAGAGUGCAGCGUUGCAGAGGCAUGAAUGAAAAAAGUUAGUCUGGGAGACAGUUAUAAUUGUGAGUCCCUCAAUUAUAGAGCGGAUCCAGGUGAAAUUUCCUUGCAUCGAAAGUCAGUUUGAUCUAAUUUGGAUCAUCACUUCGAGCUGUGCGCAUCCCUGAAUCACAAAGGUAUUGCUCUUCUGAGGUUUAGGGAGAUGGCAGAGGCUGAUCCGUGUGGUGCUCUGCUGGAUUGGGAUGAAGGCCACGCUGGUCCUUCUUGGUUUGGCAUGCAGUGCUCGGAUGAUGGGUGGGUCAUAGGCCUGAACUUGUCAAAUCUUGGUCUGAAGGGAAUGUUAUCUCCUAAGAUUGGACAGCUUUUUAAUAUGCAUUUUCUUGUACUGCACAAGAACUUAUUCUAUGGUAUUAUCCCUAGAGAGAUGGGAGAUUUACGAGAGCUGACGGUGUUGGAUUUGGGGCACAAUAACUUCAAUGGAUCAAUUCCAUUAGAGCUAAUAAACAUUUUAUCCCUGGAAUUUAACUUUCUUAAAGGAAACAUACUUUAUGGUGAUUUACCUCUUGAACUAAAUGAGCUCAUCAGUCUGUGUGAGUCUCAGGUUCGCCAUGGCAGGUCUUUCUCAAAUAGGAUGCACACUGCAAGGUUUGUCUAAGUUUUCUUCUACUUGCAUAUCUGAGAGUUAAACUCGUGAUUAUGCAAGGCUUGAGUUAAGUUUUCAAAUCAAACAGGGAUUUGAGCAAGCUUGAUUUUGGUUAAAAAAUCCCACCCUGUUCCUGCAAUCACAUGUAUGUUAAUGAUAUCUGAAAUAUUUGAGAAUUAUCUGUUUCGACUCAAGAAAUAUCUGACUUCUUUUAGGAACAUUUCCUCCACAAAAUGGUAAAUUAAAUCCGAGUCAGCAUCCUUGAAACCCAGCCUAAACCCCCACAAAUAACCUCACUCCGGACGAACCCUAGACCCAAAUCUGUAGACAAUGCCAUGUUGAAAGAUAGGCUUGCGAAGAAUCGGCUCAAGAAUUCCUGAGGGUACUUCUGUCUUUAUCAUAUUUGUUCUCACACCUUGGGCAUUGUGUUUUCCCACUGCAACGCACGCGUCGACCCACAGUCCUCAUAUUAAGUGAACCAGAAGCGGUACAUGCGAGAGAAAAGAAAAACAAACCCAGCCACCAGCACGACCCUUCCUCUUGAUCCCAUCUGGACCUUUAGUAUUCUCGGGAUAUAUCUGAUUAUGAUGAUGUUCCGUACUGCUCUGGAGCGGAUAAAUAUUUGGACUGCUCGAUGUUUAUAACCAAUGAGACUACUUUUUUGGUUGUUGGCUGGAGGCUGGAGCUAUCACUGUGACUGAAAUUUUCUUUUCACCAAAGUAAAUUUAUAUGGUCAUCAAAAACCAAUGACAGGUCAACACUUGUCAGCAGUUUGCAAUUUGUAUUAUAGUAUGAGUAAGCCAAUGGUCAGACAUUGUUGUUUUAGUUAGGAAAUGUAGAAAACGUGGUCAUGAUUUAUGUAGAUUGGACAGUCCCUUCAAACUGCAGUAUUCGAUCUUGAGCGUACAAUCUAACUAUAUGCUUCCUUAUAGAAAAUUAACUGAUUAGUUUGGCCCGAUCAGAUUAAACCAGGUCUUGAUUUGAAGGUCCAGAUAGGGCAGCUGGCGCUGGUUUGUUUGUUGUAAUACUAACUAUGCUAUUUAGACAGAGACAUGUGGUCUUUCUCAUUCCUCGACAUUUUCCUUUGCUACCAAGAUUUUUCAUUCUAGGUUGUGUGUGGCACCUCGGCUCAGAGCAACCGGUAUACCAUGCAUUGCCAGCCCAU